AGAUGCGAUGUAGUGAGAGGUGUGUGCAAAUAUGUGUCCUGCAUUUUGAGUAGCAACACGAUCCGGCAUUCUGUUAGCUAACGUUAGAUCAGCUAGCCAAGUCAACUGUAGGUUUGAACCCCACUUCAAUUGGGGAAACUUGUUUGUUAAAACCUCUCUGUCACUGACACGAUGCUGAGGAAUCUUGUGAGAUUGCACAGUCGUCUGGGGCAUGCCCUAUCUCCCCCCACUGUCUGCCCAAGAGGUCAAGUUCUUAAGCUGCUCCCUCUGAUCUCUGUAAACUCAAAAUCCUACUCCAUUGUCACAGAAAGAAAGAAAUUCUACGAGGAUGUCAGCAUAUCCCACGGAGAGGGUGGCAUGUUUGAGAUAAACCUGGACCGGCGGAAACUGAAGACACCAGGAGGAAAGCUUUUCACAGCCCCCAAUGAAGCCUUAGCCAUAGCCGUGGCGAAUGAGUGGGAUACUCAGAAAGACACGCUCAAGUUCUACAGCAUGCAUAUGACCACUCUUUGCAACACAGCCCUAGAUAACCCUACGUUCCGCAGCAAGGACCAAAUGAUCACCGCUGCCCUCAAGUAUCUGGAGACUGACACUAUCUGUUACAGAGUUGAGGAGCCUCCAUCUCUAGUGGAGCUUCAGAAUAAUGAAUGGGACCCUGUGUUGAACUGGAUUGAAGACCGGUACAACGUAGUCAUUGGCUCCUCCACCAGUAUACUAGGGCCAGAGAUCCCACAGGCGACGAUGGAUACUUUCCGCCAGCACCUGGGUUCCUAUAACCUCUGGUCCCUGACAGGACUGGAGUAUGUGAUCACCCAGCUGAAGUCAGUGGUGCUUGCCUUUGCGUUAAUUGACAAACACAUUACAGUGGAGCAGGCCGUGCUGCUGUCACGACUAGAGGCGGAGUUCCAGAUCGGACAUUGGGGAAACGUAGAGUGGGCUCAUGAUGUUGACCUGUAUGAGCUGAGGUCACGUACAGCAGCAGGGGCUCUGUUUGUACAUUUCUCUUCCGAAUGUUCAACGGUCAAACGCAAUCUCAUGCAAGACUAAGGAGGACAUUCAGUGCUUCCCUGAGUCAAACACAUACAAACUCAGACAGGACUCUUAAGAGCAAAGACAACAAAGGCAGUGUACUGGCCUCUGACUGGGAAGAAAUCCCAACUCCUUAGGACUUGAGUUUAUCUCUGGUGUUGUCCUUUGCGGAACAAAAACACAUAAUAUUUUAUCUGUCCGUCAAUCAAUCAAAUGUGUAUAUAUAAAGCCCUUUUUACAUCA